GCGGGUGCGGGUGGUGGGCGAGCGCUGAGGCGGCGUCAUGUCCUCCGAGGUGGCCGCGCGUCGCGACGCCAAGAAGCUGGUGCGCUCCCCCAGUGGCCUGCGCAUGGUGCCCGAGCACCGCGCCUUCGGCAGCCCCUUCGGCCUGGAGGAGCCGCAGUGGGUGCCGGACAAGGAGUGCCCAAGAUGUAUGCAGUGUGAUGCCAAGUUUGACUUCCUCACCAGAAAGCACCACUGUCGCCGGUGCGGCAGGUGCUUCUGUGACAAGUGCUGCAGCCAGAAGGUGCCGCUGAGGCGCAUGUGCUUUGUGGACCCCGUGCGGCAGUGCGCCGAGUGUGCCCUGGUGUCCCACAAGGAGGCGGAGUUCUACGACAAGCAGCUCAAAGUGCUCCUGAGCGGAGCCACCUUCCUCGUAACUUUUGGAAACCCAGAGAAAUCAGAAACGAUGGUUUGUCGUCUUUCCAACAACCAGAGAUACUUGAUUCUGGAUGGAGACAGCCGCUACGAGAUUGAAAUCGCACACAUUUCGACUGUGCAGAUUCUCACGGAAGGCUUUCCUCCUGGAGAAAAAGACAUUCACACUUACGCCAGCCUCCUGGGGAGCCAGCCCGGCUCAGAAGGAGGCAACGCACGGGCCACAGGCAUGUCCCUGCAGUACACAGCACCAGGGGUGGAGGCUGUGACCCAGCUGAAGCUGACAGCUGGGGAGGACGCCAAUGCCAGCAGGAGGCAGUCAACAGCAUGGCUGGCAGCCAUGCACAAGGCUGUCAAGCUCCUCUACGAAUCUCGGGACCAGUAACUCCACGUGGGAUGGAGAGUCAGCAUAGAAGAGCCGAGCCUGCUCUCUGUGUACGCACAGACAACUAAUCCUACAAGUACUGAGAAAUGCAAUUCAAGUAUCUGGAGAAACAGAAGUGUUCGCUUACCUAGUGCAAUAUUUACACAGUUUAUUAACGCUCUAAACAGCUUCACGCUUUAGAAUUUGUGUAUUGUUGAUACUUAAUUGGGGGUGGGAGAGAUACACUACUGCUAAACUAUUUUUAGCAUAAUAUAUGCCAUGUUUUUAUGAGUGCCCACGUUUACUAGAAGGUUCUGGCCCCUCAAUGUCGCAUUAAUUCUUGCACAGAAAUGAUUUGAGCAGUGGUAACUCGGGCCGGAUUUGUACUGGAGCCUGCCCGGUUUCUAAUACACCAGUGUACAGUCUGCCUGAGCCCAUUUCACAGGCUGUCCAUUUACCAUGUCACUAAUUUUGGGCUAUGAACAAACCUUUGAUACGUCACUAAGGGGAAGGAGCCAGCUUUGUGUUUUGUACUUUUCACUUACCAUUUCACUUUAUUAAAAUAAUUGUACAACAAUUUGUAUAUAAAGCUUAUGAUUAAAACCUAUUUUGAAAAUACGGA